CUGCUUGCUUCGAUUCCCCGCUGUAAUCUGCUACCACUCCUCCCGUUCCAGUUGCCGCCGCCGCCUCCGUAUGGCGAAGACGAAGCCGGGAAAGAAAGACCUCGAUUCCUACACAAUUAGAGGCACCAACAAAGUUGUCCGACCUGGGGAUUGUGUGUUAAUGAGGCCGCCCGAAUCAGACAAGCAGCCAUAUGUUGCGAGGGUUGAGAAAAUAGAGGCCGAUCACAGGAAUAAUGUGAAAGUGAGAGUAAGGUGGUAUUACCGCCCUGAGGAAUCCAUUGGCGGCCGUAGGCAAUUCCAUGGGGCCAAGGAACUCUUCUUAUCGGACCACUUUGAUGUACAAAGCGCCCACACCAUUGAAGGCAAGUGCAUGGUGCAUUCCUUUAAGAACUACACCAAACUUGAGAAUGUGGGAACGGAGGAUUAUUUUUGUCGGUUUGAGUAUAAGGCUGCCACCGGAAGCUUCACUCCUGAUCGUGUUGCUGUUUAUUGUAAGUGCGAGAUGCCUUAUAACCCGGAUGAUCUCAUGGUGCAAUGUGAAGGAUGUAAAGACUGGUUUCAUCCUUCCUGCAUGAGUAUGACCAUAGAAGAAGCAAAAAAGUUGGAUCAGUUCUUGUGUUCUGUUUGCUUAUCCGAUGAUGAGACGAAAAGGUCCUUGAACUCAUUCCCUGAAUCUUCAGCUACUGAGGCAAAGGUGCAGCCAAAACGGCGAAAGAGAUGAGAUGAGGCAAGCUGAUGUUGAGAGUUACGGUGCAUCAUCAUGCAGUGACACCCACACCCCUUGUUCUUCUUGCAUAGUAGGGUUGGUGCUGUUGUUGUUGUUGUUGUUGUUAUGGCUAUUAUUGUAUGAUGAAAUUGUACAUUGCAGAGGCGAUGUAAAAAUGGAUUGGAUCGAUGGGACGAGUUUGAUGACGAUAAAUGAAUGAAUGAAUGAAUGGCAGAGGGAUUGGAUUA